CAACACCAACACCAACACCAACAAUAAGUCAAUACCCUCUACAAGAUGUCUCAUCCAACAUACGUCUUUGGCUCUCACCAGAUUGAGGGCUUCUCAAAGAGCGACUUGCAGGCUCUCUUGGAUAUUCUUAAAAGCCGAGGCAUUAAGCACAUUGACACUGCUCGCGUCUAUGGUGAUAGCGAGAAGUGUCUGGGAGAGGUGAAGGCCGCCCAAUCUUUCACCAUCGACACCAAGUCUCCAGCAUUCGUUCCAAAAGCGCUUAGUGGCGCCUCGCUUGCGGAUGGUAUUCAGAAAUCCCUCUCGCUCCUUGGCACCGCCAAGGUGGACACGUAUUACCUCCAUGCUCCUGACAACGACACUCCCAUCGAAGAGACUGUGGAUGCCAUUCAGGCGCUGCAUCGCCAGGGUAAAUUCGAGCGCUUCGGUCUUUCCAACUUCCUUCCCGAAGAUGUACGAAAAAUUCAUGCCUACGCGCAAUCAAAAGGCGGAGUCGUCCCUUCUGUAUACCAGGGCAAUUACAACGCCUUCGCACGCACUAUUGAGGACAAUCUUUUCCCUCUCCUGCGUGAGCUUGGUAUUGCCUUUUAUGCCUACUCACCACUCGCUGGCGGCUUCUUUGCCAAACGCCCAGACGACUUGGAGAGCAAAAAGGCAGAGGGAAGGUUCGACCCUUCGACAAUCAGCGGUCAAAUGUACAAUACGUUGUACACCAAGCCUACGACGAUUGCAGCUCUGAGACACUGGAACCAGAUUGCAGAGCACGCAGGCGAUUCGAGUGUCAACCUAGCCUAUCGUUGGGCAGUCUUCAAUUCCAAACUCGAUGCGGGAUUGGGCGAUGCAGUCAUUCUUGGAGCAAGCCGCCCAGCGCAGCUGGAAAAUACACUAUCAGCACUUGAUGCAGGCCCCUUGAAACCUGAGACUGUGGAUCAGAUCGAGAAAUUGUGGAAGCUUAUUGAGAAGGAUGCGCCGCUGGAUAACUACCACUCGUUUGCAAAGGAAUUCAUGUAAAUAUCACUUUUCUGUUUACAUUUAGCUAUAGACGAAUUGCCAC